AUGCCUGGGUUUUACACUUUAGUUGAUACAGCUAGAAGAUUAUCACAUAGUGUACCUGUUUCUAGUGGAAAUAAAUCUGCGACGUCUGAUCCAAUAAUGAGUGUACGCUGCACUUACUGUAAAAAACUUGGACAUACACUACAUCGAUGCAGAUUAAGGAAGAAUUCUGCUGCAAAUGAGAAAUCCGGACGGACGAAAAAUGAUGAUUGGACAAAUAAUGCGAAGUGUUAUAUAUGUGGCAAAAGUGGACACAUAAGUAAGACUUGUUAUCAAACGAAAAAACCUGUUCAUCGUGUUAAUUUUAACCAGACGUGUCCAACCAAAGAUGUUACUGUAGGUAAACUAACCAGCUCUGCAACUGUUGACUCUGGUGCUGCAGUAACUUGUACUACUGUCCCCAAUAUGCAGAAGGCUUUUCCUGGUGAAUAUGAUAUUGAACCCUGUAGUUCAGUAUUGACAGGUCCUUCUGGUGAACAGAUUCCAACUUUAGGUAUUAUAAACACUUAUGCACGAAUUCAUAUUAUAGAUUCAGAAGAGGAUAUUUUCCUUAUUGGUUGGGAUAUUAUUUCUAAAUCUCACAAAGUGACUAUUUCUCAAGCCAGUAAUAUUAUUGAGAAUUCUGAAUGUGUUUCAGAAGUACGAGCUGUUACAACCACUGUGGUACCGCCCCGUUCUCAGAAGAUAUUGCAUGUACAAGUAUCACAUCCUUCACCAUCUGAUUCUGGAUUGCUGGUUGAACGUUUAAAUACAUUUGAAAAUAAAUCAGGGUUAUUUGUUGGACGGUGUGUCUCCAACUCUAAGACUCCUUUAGUAUUACUUAUGAACCCUGAUUCCAUUAGUAAAACUGUGUAUGCCUCUCAACAAGUUGCUUGUGCAACUGCAUUAACAACAAGUUCUACUUCAGAAAAAGAAUCUAUUAAUAGUGUUGAGGAAAAAUCUUAG